CACAGCGGAAGCGGCAGCUUUUCGAGAUACUCGCUUUGUUCUUCGAAAGGAAGGAAACCGCGACGACGAUCCCAGAUUCCCGUUGCCGGUAAAGAAGAGGCCGUGUUAUUUCAGAUUGGAUAGUGUUGCUGGGGUUGAGCCGAUCAGGAUUUGAUGAGAUAUGGACAAGUCCAGCGCUUUGGAGUACAUCAACCAGAUGUUUCCGACUGAAGCAUCAUUAUCAGGGGUAGAGCCACUUAUGCAAAAGAUACAAAGCGAGAUUCGCCGUGUAGAUGCCAGUAUAUUGGUUGCAGUCCGACAACAGAGUAACUCUGGCACAAAAGCCAAGGAAGAUCUUGCUGCUGCAACACAUGCUGUUCAGGAGCUUAUGCACAAGAUACACGAAAUAAAAACAAAGGCUGAACAAAGUGAAACCAUGGUUCAAGAAAUCUGUCGUGAUAUUAAGAAAUUAGACUGUGCAAAGAAACAUAUAACAAUCACAAUUACAGUUCUUCAUCGACUUACCAUGCUAGUAUCGGCUGUUGAGCAACUUCAAAUAAUGGCUUCAAAACGCCAAUAUAAGGAGGCUGCUGCCCAGUUGGAGGCAGUAAACCAAUUAUGCAGUCAUUUUGAAACUUAUAGGGAUGUACCAAAGAUAUCCGAACUCAGAGAGAAGUUCAAGAACAUCAAGAAAAUACUCAAGUCCCAUGUCUUCUCAGACUUUUCAAGCUUAGGAACUGGAAAAGAGGUAGAAGAAACUAAUUUGCUGCAACAGUUGACAGAUGCUUGCUUGGUUGUUGAUGCGUUGGAGCCAUCUGUAAGGGAAGAGCUAGUAAGAAACUUGUGCAAUAAGGAGCUGACUUCAUAUCGUCAGAUCUUUGAGGGAGCAGAACUAGCAAAACUGGAUAAGACUGAAAGGAGAUAUGCAUGGAUUAAGCGUCGGCUGCGGACAAAUGAGGAAAUUUGGAAAAUUUUUCCUUCUGCUUGGCAUGUUGACUAUCUUCUGUGCAUCCAGUUCUGUAAGCUAACAAGGACACAGAUUAUGGAUAUUCUCAGUAAUCUGAAAGAGAAACCAGAUGUUGCAACACUCUUAUUGGCAUUGCAGCGGACCCUUGAGUUUGAGGAAGAAAUGGCAGAAAAAUUUAGUGGAGGAACUGCGAGCACUCAUGACAAAGAACUUGGUAGUGACGUCGAAGAAACUGGUUUGGGGGAAAGCAACAAGCAAAUUGUCUUGGAUAUACGUAAAAAAUAUGAAAAGAAGCUUGCUGUGCAACAUGGCGGAGAUGAAGCAGAAAUUGACAAACAGAGAGAUUUAUCUGUUCAUGGCGCUGGAUUCAACUUUCGUGGAAUUGUUUCUUCUUGCUUUGAAUCACAUUUGACAGUUUACAUAGAAUUAGAGGAGAAAACACUAAUGGAGCAUUUGGAGAAACUUGUUCAGGAAGAAACUUGGGAAACUGAGGAGGGAAGUCAGACAAAUAUUUUGUCAAGUAGCAUGCAGUUAUUCUUGAUAAUAAGGAGAAGCUUAAAGCGAUGCAGUGCCUUAACGAAGAGUCAGACUUUAUUUAAUUUGUUUGAGGUAUUUCAAAGAAUUUUGAAGGCAUAUGCAACAAAGCUAUAUGCUAGAUUGCCUAAAGGUGGUACAGGGAUUGUUGCAGCUGCUACUGGAACAGAUGGGCAGAUCAAGACAUCUGACAGAGAUGAGAGAAUGAUAUGCUACAUUGUCAAUACAGCGGAGUACUGCCAUAAAACUUCUGGUGAGCUAGCUGAAAACAUUUCGAAGAUAAUUGAUCCUUCAUUUGCAGACAAGGUGGAUAUGUCAGAAGUUCAGGAUGAGUUCUCAGCAGUGAUUACAAAAGCAUUAGUAACAUUAGUGCAUGGGCUUGAGACCAAAUUUGAUGCUGAGAUGACUGCAAUGACACGAGUUCCUUGGGCGACUCUUGAAAGUGUUGGUGACCAAUCAGAGUAUGUCAAUGGCAUCAAUUCUAUUCUUUCCAGUAGCAUUCCUGUGCUCGGUAGCCUACUGUCUACCACUUACUUUCAGUUUUUCUUGGACAAGCUAGCGGCAUCUCUUGGCCCUCGAUUUUUCCUCAAUAUUUUCAAAUGCAAACAUAUAUCAGAAACUGGUGCACAACAGAUGCUGUUGGAUACUCAGGCUGUAAAGACAAUUCUUUUGGAGAUUCCUACUUUAGGGAAGCAGGCAACAGUUGCUACUAGCUAUUCAAAAUUUGUUAGCCGUGAAAUGAGUAAAGCUGAAGCGCUGUUGAAGGUUAUAUUAUCUCCAAUCGAUUCUGUUGCAAGUACAUACCGAGCGUUACUUCCUGAGGGAACACCUGCUGAGUUUCAGAGGAUCCUGGACCUGAAGGGCUUGAAGAAAGCAGACCAACAAGCUAUACUUGGUGAUUUUAACAAGCACAACACUGUAAUCAGACACCCAUCGGUGGUGGCUCCAUCCGUUGCCAUCCCAUCUGCUCCUCCAUCAGCACCAGCUGCUCCAACUGUCACUGCCACAUCUACUCCGUCGAUCAAUGUUGCUCCCUCUGCUGCUAUUUCAUCCCGAGAAGAUGUGCUCACUCGGGCUGCAGCUCUCGGAAGGGGAGCUGCUACAACUGGUUUCAAGAGGUUCCUCGCGUUAACAGAAGCUGCCAAGGACAGGAAAGAUGGACCUUUCAGGAAGCUCUUCAAUCCUUAGUCUACUGUUUUUUUUUAGAAAAGUCUCCUUCUUAAAUCUUUUUGGGGAACAGAGUGUUUAUUAGUGUCAAUGGAUGGGCAGAGAGCCUAACAACGUUUUGCAUGUAAACUUUCUGUAGUUAUCGAGUGGUUUUGAAGUUAGGGUUUCUCCUCGGACAACUCUUGUUCUAUGCCAUGCAAAGAGCCAGACUGAUUCAUU